GUCAGAGUGGGCAACUGCGUGCGAACGGCGGCUUGCUACACUUUGGCGCUCAUUGUGGUCGCGCAAACGGUCGUCAACUUGGACACAAAGCGGUCACUUGGAAAAGCGCUCGCUGCGAAAUAUUAAACAAGCAAGGCACUAGUAGCUAACUGCUAUGCAAAUGACAUCGAGGGUGGUGCAAUUGGAUUGGUGAAUUAGUAAAAACGAUUGGCGGACAUAAAAAAAGUCACAAAAAUUAAAGUUCAAAUUCGUUUUAGCGCACAGAGUGCAAUGUGAAAAAUAAAUACCUAUGUAUUUAAAAUAACAACUGAAAUAAAGUUAAGGAAAAAAGUGAAUAACAAGAAAUCGGAAUCGAAAAGCGGUGAAUGAUUUUAUGUCGGACCAAUUCAAUGUCAAACUAUUAGAAAAGUCCACAGCAAACUUGCGCGCGUGUUUGAAUAGCGUUCGGCGCUUGCGGGCGGAUACCGCAUAUGAUAUGUAUGUUUGUAACUGAUUAUCUUUUGUUUUGGCUUUGCAAGCGCUUAUACACAUGCAUAAAUAAAUAAUUAAUUCAUCAGCAUCGAUGCAGUUCAGUUGUAAUGGUGAUAACACAAACGAAAUUUACAGUGAAAUAUUUUUAAGCGCUUUGUUUGUACUAGUGGUGGGUGCUAAAAAUAUUUACAUACAUACAAAUAUGUAACUAUUUACAUACUUGUAUAUAGUGUGUAUGACAUUCCAGUGUGGUUGCUUGUUCUGUUUUACAUAUGUAUAUGUAUAUGCAUACAUAAUAUAUUGUGGAAUUCACAGAAAACCAUGAAACAUAAAAUUGUGUAAAAAAUUAUCGUUCCAAAAACAUUAAAAAAAAACUACAAUUACAUAACCUCACUUUGCGAUUUUCGAAGACCGCAUAUACCAUAAACGCAGUGCAAAGCAAAGCUUCAAAAAUAUAUCACAACAAUUCGAUUCACUUGGCCAAACGAAAGGAAACCACCAAAACGACACUCGACAUACACACAAACACACAGUCAUAUGGACAUGCAUAGUAGAUGUGUUGUCGCAAAGCCGUAGAGAAGGGAGCAAGCGAGCAAAUGCAGUUCCCUUAUAUUUUCAGAUAUUUAUAUAUAUUUCAACUGUAGCAGCGACAACAACAAAGGAAGUUAGUGAAAAAAUCAUAAGUAAAUAAAAUCGUUUGGAGAUAACAAAAAUGCAUUGGCAAGCGAGCGUAAUCCUCGUGGCGUUAGUCACACUGUGCCUCAGCAGCGUGCUAUGGAGCUGUGUCAAUGCUUAUCAGGUGGGAGUGGGACGUGCGGAUUCUACGGGACCACCAGUUGAAAUACAUUUCAUGGGUUAUGCUAACCUUAAACAAGUGGGGCGCGGUCUGCAUCUGCGCCAAUUUGCACGCGCCUUUGUUGUUGAGGAUGAGAACCACAAGCGCGUCGCCUUUGUCUCCGUGGACGCGGGCAUGAUGGGUUACGGCGUCAAGCGCGAGGUGGUGAAGCGUUUGCAAGCGCGCUAUGGUGAUAUCUACACGGCGGAUAAUGUGGUUAUUAGCGGAACGCAUACUCACAGCGCACCCGGUGGCUUUCUUAUGCAUUUGCUUUAUGAUAUAUCGAUUUUGGGUUUCGUGCCGCAGACUUUCGAGGCGCUUGUGCAGGGUUGCUACUUGAGCAUCAAACGCGCCACCGACAAUAUGGUGGAUGGUAAGAUCUUCCUCUCAAGAACCACUAUCCUAAAUGUGAACAUUAAUCGCUCGCCAACCUCUUACUUGCGCAAUCCCGUGGAGGAACGUGCGCAAUAUGAGCACGAUGUGGAUAAAGUGCUGACACAAUUGCGUUUCGUUGAUUCGGAUAAUACUUUGUUGGGCGCUUUCAAUUGGUACGCGGUACAUCCGACAUCAAUGAAUAAUACGAACAAAUUGGUGACCUCUGACAAUAUGGGUUAUGCUUCGCUGCUUUUGGAGAAGGAAUACAACACGAAUAAAGUACCCGGAAAGGGCAAAUUCGUUGGCGCUUUCUGUUCGUCGAAUUUGGGCGAUGUGUCACCGAAUAUUAUGGGUCCGAAGUGUUCGAUUAGUGGCAAUGAUUGCGAUCUACUUACCUCAAAAUGUCCACAAAAAGAAGGCGAGUGUUUUGCGUCUGGUCCCGGACGUGAUAUGUUUGAAAGCACUGAAAUUAUAGCGAGUCGCUUAGCUGAUGGGGCUUUGCGCUUACUAAACGAUAACAGUCAAGAGACGACAAGCCGUGAAAUUGUCGGCGAGUUGGCCUACAUUCACCAAUUCGUCGAUAUGCCCAACUACAAUGGCACCACAUACAAUCCACUACAAAGAAAACUGGACAAGAUACGCGGAUGCCUGCCCGCCAUGGGUUAUAGUUUUGCUGCUGGCACCACGGACGGACCAGGCGCGUUUAGUUUUGAACAGGGCACCAUUACCGGCAAUGCAAUGUGGAACGCAGUGCGUGAUUUCAUAGUACCGCCAACACAAGAAGACAUCAGCUGUCAUGCGCCGAAGCCCAUAUUAUUAGCAACUGGGAGGGCGACAUUCCCCUACGAGUGGCAACCGAAAAUUGUGUCUACGCAGCUUUUGAAGAUCGGCGAUCUGAUACUGGCCGCAGUGCCUGGCGAAUUCACCACAAUGGCUGGACGUCGUUUGCGUAAUAAGAUUAGCGCUGUGGCUGUGGCGACUGGGGGCAAAGAUACAGAAGUCAUUAUCGCAGGUUUAUCGAAUAUUUAUACUAGCUAUAUCACAACGCCGGAGGAGUAUCAAGCUCAAAGGUAUGAGGCAGCAUCGACAAUUUUUGGUCCGAACACGCAUACAAUCUACAUGGAUGUCUUCGAGCAAUUGACGAAAGCUAUGAUACGUGGCGAGCGCCUGCCACCUGGACCCGCACCACCAUAUAUGAAUGACCGCAUGCUGUCGAUGAAUACUGGCGUCAUUUUCGAUGGUCAUCCAAUCGGCAAGGAUUUUGGUUUUGUUAAGCUGCAACCCAAAAAGUCGUACCAGAUCAAUGAAACUGUGGUCGUGACUUUUAUUGCUGGCAAUCCGCGUAAUAAUCUAUUUCCUGAGAAGACAUACUUUGCGGUAGAGCGUAAGAUCAACGAGGAACGUUGGAAGGUGGCUUAUACGGAUUCCAGUUGGGAAACGAAAUUCAUUUGGGAGCGCGUCCAUCUGAUUCUCGGCUUCAGCGACAUUCACAUCCAUUGGACCAUCGGCACCAACACUCUGCCAGGCGAAUACCGCAUUCGGCAUUUCGGCAAUUACAAAUAUAUUUUAGGUGGCAUUUUCCCAUAUGAAGGCAUUUCGAACUCAUUCUUGGUGACGGAAGGCUAAUCGCUGCCUUAGAUGUCUGCAUACGUAGAACACGACGGACGACGAUUGGAUUACUAGUCAGAGACUGCGCUCAUCAGGUGUUACUGCUUCUCAGCUACAUACUAUAUAGUACAUAUGUAAAGCAUAUAAAUUUUUUAUAACAAGUUGUAUGUACUUGUAAAUAUGUACAAUGUGUGUGGUACAGUGCCAUACAAAUAAUACGUACACACAUAUUUAUUUGUUUAUUAUUGUUAGUUGUGUAUAUACUAUAUAAUGGAAAAUGUAUAGGAAUAAAUCCAUAAACGACUGUUGUACCAAUAA